AAAGGCCUUAAGCCUGCUUUCAAUCUUCACGGUUCUACAAAGUCCUACUGCUAUUUGUUGUUGCAUCACAUUUUCCACUAGCUAUAACCACAUUAGAAAUACAAACCAUGGAAAACAAUGGCACCUCCACAAGGAAGUCCACAGCAGCAACUGAAUACCAAGACUUGUUGCCAGUCAUGGCGGAGAAGCUGGACGUGGAGACUUUCGUGUCCGAACUAUGUGGAGGUUUCCGGCUUCUGGCGGACCCUGAGCGGGGUUUGAUCACGUCGGAGAGCCUGAAGAAGAAUUCGGCGCUUCUCGGGAUGGAGGGGAUGAGCAAGGAGGAUGCUGAAGGUAUGGUUAGGGAAGGAGAUCUUGAUGGAGAUGGUGCGCUCAGUGAGAAUGAGUUUUGUAUACUGAUGGUGAGGCUUAGUCCUGGGAUUAUGGAAGAUGCUGAGACAUGGCUUGAAAAAGCACUUGAUCAAGAAUUCAACAAGUCAUCUGAUCAACCUUGAUGUUGUAGAAUAAUUGCAGUGGCUCUUGUUAUGAAAAAAUUGGUCAAAAUGAUUUUUUUUUUCAAAUCUCGAUUGCUGAAAUGAUAUGAUUUUUAAUAUGU